AUGAGCGCCACUGUGAAAGUCGAAGCGAUUGACGAUGAAGAGCUGGAUAUGUCACUCUUCACGCAUCAGAUAGAUGGGAUGGGUGAGAUGAAAGAAGAGUCCGAUCCAUAUCCGGGUCUCUCGAUCGGGAAACCUCGUGUCGCUCAGUUCACAAAAAGAAUCGAAGCGCAAGCCAACAGGGAAACUUUUCGCAUAUGCGUGCUAUGCACUAAAAAUGUGAUUAUGGUUAGCAAGGGAUACAUUCAAGCUGGAUUACUGGUCUCUCAUGCCAUUUCACAUAUUGAUGUUAGACCGUAUGGUUGUAAUUUGUGUGAUUAUUCGGCUCGUUUCGAGAUCAAUGUGAGAAAACAUAUCUUGAAAGAACAUUCAACAAGUGAAAAUGGAGAUUCUCCGACAUUAUCGAAAUUGCAUUUGAAGAAAAAGCCUAGCAAUGAGAUGCCGAAAAUCGUGGACAAUAUGGAUCGAAAAGCGUUAGACGAGUUCAGAGAUGCCACUUUAUUAUGUUUCCCCACCGAGCGAACAUCGAUUCUCGAAUGGUACACACGAAAAGCGAUUCGAUACGAUAGAGGUGAUCGUAAGUGCCGAAAUACGAAUGUGAAUGGGAUUCAAGGGAAAAUCGUGGAGAAAAUCUUGCUAAAGAAAAAGCUUGACGGACCUUCAGCAAGAAUCCAAAAGCCGAAUUCACUCCGCUCCGAUCCGAUCUCUUUCACAUCGCCAGCACAAAGAAAUGUGACCAACGAUAUUGAGAAACUCUGUCAGAAAACCACAUUUAAUGGAGAAAUCAAAACUGAAAUCGAUGAUGAAGCUCAGCAGUCCACUUCACAGAAUUUCCAGCAAGACGAAAUCGACAUAUCGUUACUCUUCUCUAAGGGAGCAUCUCCAAAAAUUCAAAGCAAUCCACCUAGAAUAGCUUGGAAAAAGUCAAACCUCGGAAGUUCACAUACGAAAUCGAUUUCGAAAUCACCAGUAUCAGCUUCUAAAAUCAAAGAAGAACUUCCCGAACCUCGCUCAACGCAUCAACAAGUUUUGAAACGCUCGCCGAUCACAAUUUAUCCUGCAAAUUCAUUGGCAAUGAAAAAUGAGGAAGUCACACUCUUGAGAAGCCAACUCCGCGAGAAAGAGCUCGCCCUGCGUAAAGUCGAAGCCCACUUGGUCAAUAAAAUUACCAGCAUAAAUCAACUACAGAAGACCAAUGAGCAACUUCAAGCCCGACUCAAGGAAAUGCAACGAGAAAAUGGAAACGGAACUGAGAAUACUCGUUUGAUACAGGCCCUCAAAGGGAAAGAUCAAAGGAUCCAAGAACUAGAAGAGGAAAUCAUUAUGCACAAGGACCACAAACAAAAGCUCCACGAAUUAUUGGAAAAACAAUCUCACAAUCAGAACAAAUCAACGCCCACCGAUCAA